ACGUGUAUUUUAAUUGUGAAUAUUGUGUAAAGUACUGUUACAAAUUCUGACUGGCGCAUAUCAAUUAAUAAAUUUAAAUUCAGUAAAAAUGGCUUCACCACAAAUCGAAUCCGUACAAAUCACGCCAAUACCCAACGAGAUGCUCAGAUUAAUUCCAUUUUUUAAUGGUGACAAAAAACACCUAAAUUUGUUCCUUAAAAAAUGUGAGUAUGUUAUAUCGAGAUAUAGAGGUGGGGUUGAGCAAGAUUUAUACGUGUACCACGCUAUAACUAGCCGCCUUACAGAAAAUGCAGCAGCACUGUUAUCAGAACAAGAAAAUUUAACAAACUGGUCGGAACUUAAGGAAAUUCUGACACAACAUUUUGGAGACCCGCGUAGUGAGGCAUGCAUUAAUAUCGAAUUAGAAUCACUAAAAAUCAGAUCGAAUGAAUCAUACACAGACUUUUGCAACCGCGUGCAAUCAACCAGGUCAAUGCUUAUAUCCAAAGUAAACACCAUAGCAGACGAGUCAAUCCGUCACGCCAAAAUCACCAUAUACAACAACACCGCGUUAAACGUGUUUCUCUAUAAUUUACCAGAAAACCUUGUGCGCAUUGUGAGACUAAAGGCACCGUCCACUUUGGAAGCCGCCCUCUCGAUUGUGCUCGAGGAAGUAAACUUUAUGGACCAAUAUAACAUGCGAAGCAAAAUGCAUUCGCAACCCAAACCUAACAAUUCGUUUACGCCAACUCAACAGAAAUUUUCAGGCAAUCAGCCUCAUUUUGUCAGCUCUAAUGCUUUCAAACCGAUAAUUCCUCCACAAUUUAAAUUUGGCCUUCCGCCUAAUCAAGGCUACAAACCCUUCCAGCAAUAUGGAAAUAAACCUUUACAACAAUUCGGCUAUUUCAAGCCUCCGCAUCAACCAGGUUUCAGGCCGCCGCAGCAGUUCGGCUACAGGCCUCCACAGCAGUUCGGAUAUAGACCGCCCCAGCAGUUUGGCUAUAGACAUCCUCCUCAGCAAUUCGGUUACAAACCGCCUCAAUUCGGCUAUAAGCCACAGUUCGGUGCUCAGCAAGCCCAACAAGUCCAGCCGCCACGUAUGCAGCUGACCGACGUGUCUAUGCGUACGGCUACAAAACCAAACAACGUAAAUGAAACAAACUUAAAUGAUCUGAACUACGACGAAGCAGAACAGUCGUAUUACGAUCAAUAUUAUUGUGAAUACCCUAUAGACGAAUAUAAUAACAUGUACAGCGAACAGUAUUACCCUGAUUUCGAGGAAACUCCCGAGGAAACCCAGGAAACUGAAUUCCAACAGGAUUUUCACGAAACAGCCUCCAUCAAAGAACCGAACAGAUAAACAUUAAUUGCGAUCCGGAAUUAACAUUACCAUAUAUUUACCUACCGGAACUGGAUGCUCGCAUGAUGAUCGACACUGGCAGCAUGCGUUCGUUCUUCAGUCCGCGUAUUGGCUAUCAGUAUUUCAGUGAAUUCAUAAGAAAUGAACCGUUCCAAGUUGUGAGUACACACGCGUCAAGUACGCACAACAAAACCAUAGAAAUUCCCCUUUUUCCAACUUUUAAAUGCAGAAAAUACCACAAAUUUUAUUUAUAUGACGUACACAAAUGGUACGAUGGUGUAAUUGGACAAGAUUUAUUACAACAAUUGGAAGCAUUAAUCGACAUUAAAAAUAGAGUCCUCAAAACUAAAACUGCAUGCAUUCCAAUCAUUUUAAAUUACAAAAAAUUCACAGACAACGUUAGAAUGCCUAGUGUAACCGCUAAUUACCGUAAUGAAUCAAUCAGUAAACAAAACGCAAACGCAGACGCGUUAUCCCGCAUAAAAGUAAAUGCUCUCGAUUCAGAUAAUCAGUCCAUGAAAGUAAAUGUUAGCAAAAAGGAAAAACGUAUUCAAAAACAUGUUGAUAAAGUAGUAAAGAAAAUAGAAAAAUUAUCAUCAGGAAGUACAAUAGUAAUUUCCGACUCUACAUCCUCAGAAGGAAGUAGACAAUUAGGUUCAGAAUAUCCGAUUCCGUCUUCAAAUAAUUCAGACUGUGUCGAUGAACAAUCAAAUAACUCACAAACUAUUCAUUCCGCAAAGGAUACCGAAUCACAAGGCAUCCCAAUCUUAAACGAAGCAAUCGAUAACAAACCUAAUCAAAUAUUAGUCUUUGAACGAUUCGAUAAUGAACUUUCAGUCAAAAACCUUUCGCGCGAUAAACAAAAGGUUCUUGAAGUACAUUUACCUGAUAAUAAUGCAGAAUUAGUAAAACAGUUUUUAAAAGAAUAUAUCAAACCUAAAACAAAGUAUUUCAUUUAUUUUGAAUCAGAUCAACUUAGACGAAUUUUCACAGACGUAAUUAUUAAACUUUUUAAGAAAGAUGUAGUUCAGUUUUACGAGUGUACAGAACGGGUAAAUUACAUAGAAGACGAGGGUGAACAAAAAGCAAUAGUUAUCCAAUACCAUGAAGGAAAAACAUGCCACCGUGGUAUUAAGGAAACAUUGAUUAGAAUUCGUAGAAAUCAUUUUUGGCCUAACAUGCAACAAACAGUUUCCGCAAUCAUUAACGCUUGCGAAGCCUGCCGUAAAAUGAAAUACGAUAGGAAACCCAUAAAACCAUUUUUGCAAUUAACUAAAACUCAAGAUUCC